GAUCCUUUAGAAGUUUUCCAAGUGGUUCAAAAUAUGCCCAAACGAAUGGUGGAUUGUCACAAACUGAUGGAUUGUACUUAUCACAAAUAUGCUUCUAUCACUCGAAUCAAUGAUCAAGAUUUGGAACGAAGAAGACAACUUUUUAAAACUCGACGAGAAGAACGACGAAAAAACAAG